AUGGCGUCAGUCACCCACCCGUUGGGCAAGCAAAACAGGGCUGAGGGGUGCAUUCAACGGAUUCUGGAGAAAGUAGAAUCCACGAGGUGCAGUAGCGGCGCAGAAGUAGUGAGUUUAGUGCUGGGGACAGUGGAGGAAGGGAGAGAGGAUCAGAACACCAAACAGACCAGUUGCAUGCUGGUGAUUUGGUGA